ACUUCAUUUUCUGCAUAUUUAUAUCUAAUGGCUUCGUUUGAACAAAAGCUAGCCAUGGCCAAGCACUGCUCUCAUGAAGGAGCUGUUGCAGGAGCUAAAGCUGCUGUGGUAGCCACCAUUGCCACUGCUAUUCCAACUGUGGCAAGUGCAAGAAUGGUGCCAUGGGCAAGAGCCCAUCUUAACCACACAGCCCAAGCUCUCAUCAUCUCCACAGCGGCUGGAGCUGCAUAUUUUAUAGUUGCAGACAAGACUGUCCUCAAAACUGCCAGAAGAAACUCCUUCAACAAUACCAAUGGACCAUGAACCUUUGGCAUCUUAUUGAUUGGUUAUCUAAGAUCACUCCUUGUUAGGGCAUCGAUCUCUUUUGGCAUUUUUAGAACCUUGUUUGCCAAAAGAAACAACAGUAGUGGGUUUUCUUCAGUUUCCAAGAAUACUUGUUAUAUGUAGUAGAAUUAUUCCACUUUUACAUAAUGUAAUAUAUUAAAUAAAUGAGGGGGAAAUAUUUCUA